AUUCAGUAACUUGAAGAUCGGGAUGUUAAAGAUUUCACGGAAAAGUACUAUAUAUGUUAAAGCAAUUGUUUUGCUAAGCAACGAAACUGAAACGAGCAGUUGGCCAUUAUUUAACAACAAACAUGUGUCUUAUACAUAUAAUUAUAACUAAGUUUUCACAUUGAAAAAGGAGUAUUUUAUGACAUUCGUGGAUUAUACAAGUAUAUUGGUUUUCAGAUCAAAAAGGAAUCAACAUAAUAAUAAACAAACUAUUUGCGUCAUAGAAUAGAUAAAGGAAUUAUAUACAUUUGUUCAGAUAAAACAUAUAUAACUAUUUAAACAUGGCUACGCUAGAUUUCUACACAUCUUCGUAUUUUGAUAACAGCUCUGUUGUCCCUUUAAGUCCAUCAAAAUAUGUGGCUCCUACUUAUGUGCUUGUCCUAAGCAUCGCGAGUUGCUGUCUGUCAUUGAUCGGAAUAUUUUGCAUUUUUGUAUUCUACGUCGCCAUUGUUACUAUUCGGAACUAUAUUAGAAAACUUUUAAUUUUCUUGACCAUAGCUAAUCUAAUACAUGUGCUUGGGAUCAUAAUUGGAAUAGUGAGAUACAUGUUACUGGAGUUCACCGAUAAAAAAUAUCAAAAAGAAACGCAAGUGUGCCUUUUUCAGAGCGUCGUAGUUUCCUUUGCACCAUGUAGUUCGUUUUUCUGGACAGUUUUUAUCGCCAUAUAUUUUCAAGUGCAAGUAUUAAGACCGAGCUGGGCUCAUAAACUGUCGAGCAAGCAAGCAACCGUGACGUAUCACGUGGUGUCAUGGGGCGUUCCUGGGUUAACCUGUAUUCUUGCGCUGUUCUUUAAAGUAUUUGGAAACACAGAGGAUAUUUUUACGGGACCUUGGUGCUGGAUAAAGACAAAUCAAGAGAGGAAGACUGCUAUACUGUGGAUGAUUUUGACAGUAAAGGGAUGGGAACUACUUUCUUAUCUAGUUUUGGCGGAAGUUCUUGUAUUUGUUGUUUAUAAAACGUCUAUAUUACCUAGAUGUCUCCGACGGCGUGGCGGACAGUAUUUGGAAAUACACGAUUCAAGUUUGCAAACAUCUACUGGACUUAGACGAGGGGAUAAAAAUUUUGUGUUUAUAUGGCUCAUAUUCUAUGUACUACGUUUCGCAGGAACAUUUCGUUUUCUUCUGCACGUUACGUAUGGACCUUUACAUAAACAAAUGAUAAUUACAGACAGAGUGAUGUUGGCUUGGCAAGCGUUUGGCGAUACAGCACAAGCGUUCGCAAACUUUAUUUGUCUUUGUGUUUUUGACAGAGUAAUCAGACAACAUUAUUGCAGUCGUCUGUCAAGAAACUACAGCAAUAAUGAUCACGUGGCUAAUAACGGAGGAGAGCAAGGCAUAAAUACUUGAUGAUGCAACAAUUUUCAUGCGCGUGACUAAAGACAAAACAAAAUCUGCAUAAAUAAGUGACGAAACGCCAGUUUUGCGAAACAUAACAUAUGAAUUAUAUUAACAAUUAUUUCCACGUACACUUAUGAAUGUAUGUAUAAACGUUGUCAUUCAGAAGAAAACAAGUUUUGACCGAUUGACAAAGUAACAUCAAUAUAAUAUUAUAAUAAUGUGAAGCUAUUAACCAUUACCUUCCAGAAAUCAAGGUGAUUAAGCGCUGCAAUCCAGAUAAAAGUCGGGCAAGUCUACAAAGUCAUACAGUGUGAGUAGGCUUGCUAGGCCUUAUACUACGGAAUGCCGUUAGGGCCAUCGCCUAUGAAUGGUUUGAUCUAAAACGCGAUACUCGACAGUACGAUGAUGGAAACGCGAAAUCACGAAACUACGAUGGUGAAAACGCGACAGUACGAUAGUUAAAACACGAUAGUUUAUCGCGUUUUCAUCAUCGUAGUAUCGUACUGUCGAGUUUUCAUCAUCGUACUAUCGCGUUUGCAUCAUCGUACUUACGCGUUUUCACCAUCUAGUUCUAGUGACCUAGACCUUUGACCUUGUGACCCCAAAAUCUAUAGGGGUCUUUUACCUAAUAUGGACACUCAUCCUAAGAAGUUUAAAUACUGUUGGCCAAAUGGAACUUAAGUUAUGCUCCGGAAACCAAAUUGCUAACGGACGGACGGGCGCCAGGGGGUAUAACAUAAUAUGCCCGAAAUUCUUUCGGGCAUAUAAAAAGUAAAAAAUGACAUGUUUUUUUUUUGUUAGCCAAUGAAACUUGUUUAUUUUGACCUUUUUAGUGUUUAUAAGAUUUAUCUAUCAUUAUUUUUUUUACUGAUUAACAGGUUUCUUUAUUGGCUGACAGGUCACGCUUAUUUAUAUAAAGUACACACUGUAACAUCAAUGUCUUGUUCAUUACAUUUUUGAAUAUAUUUAAAGCAUACAUAAGCAUUUCGUCCUGUAAAUAGGACAUAUCUCAUUAUACAAUGAUUAACGACUCUCACAAUAAAACAAAAAUGUUAACGGAUAAAUUCUGGACAACUUUUAACGACAAUUUGUGUCUGCAUUUCAUACAAGUGUGAAAAGAGGAAAAAAUAAUCCCUCUAAAGAACGUUUAAAACGACAAAUUUGAAAAUGUUCCAGAAUAGGUUUGAUUGACCUUGGAUAUGGACUGUACUGCAAGGCAUCUGCAAGGUACAGUCCUCGUCCUCUAGAAGCCUUUCAUUAUGUGAUUUGUUAACAUAUUUUAUUAUAGUUCGAUUGGGUAGGAAGCAAUAAGGCACACCCAAACUCGUUUCUGAAACCACACAAUACUAAGAAAUGAGUGUACAGUAGAGUGUAGCGGUACAGCGAUAUAAGGUGUCUUUCUUUCCCAUGUUUCGAGCACUAUUGCACCGAAAGACAAAGUAUCCUGAUAAUGUAUGACCCCUCUUGGGACACUAAAAAUUAUUUUGGUCUAGAAUGUGAACAGAAGAGUAAGAUAAAUAAUCUAAAAACUUUCCUCACUAUUUAACUUGUAAAAUAAGACUCAAACAAAUUUCUUUCAAUCGUAGUUUCAUCACUAAGCUAGAGAUACGUGGCUCUAUUCUAAAAAUAGCACAUAUCUAUAUAUGUCUGUAGUGACUUCUUCAACUGACAAUACUGAAAGGUUAAAUUCACUUUAAAAGUGUAUGUACUAGUAAAGCAGCUUGUCUAAAGACACCAUAGUUCAUUUUCAAAUAUACCAGAACUUCUUAUCAAUUUUUUUAAACGUUAUUGCUUUGCAAUCAAUUAUUUUUUUUAAACAAUUAACGUUUCUCGAAUGAAAGCUAUAUAAUAAAAGCAUGUACAUCGUCUGACAAUUUCUUUGUACAUGUAAUUGCAUUAAUUUAUCGUAAAGCAUUGUACGCAUGCUUCAACACGAAGAUAAAUACAAGAGUGAUUUAUAUAGUUGCCUGGAAACACACUAGAUUAAGAGAAGUUUAUUGCACAAUUUAUGGCAUGUGAAGCAAACAUAGGAUUUCAAAAGUUAAACAAAAGUAGUGUUCUCCUUAAUUAAGAUAAUCAAAAUUAUGUUAUAGCUGAAACAAAACAUUCACUUUAAUACACUUCUCCACAUUGCUCGCGUUACUAAAUAGUAACCCCAUGUGGCUGAGGGUUUGCCUAGUAAAGAUUGAGGCAUCGUUUAUCCCUGCGUGAUUGUACGAGGCGACUAAAUGGGUUCAAAUUACUGGAAAACCCAAACCAGCCAAACAAACCAACUAAAUAGUAAUAUCAGAAAAACAAUAAUAUAUAUCAGUGACAGUUGUUGUAUCAAAUAAUUUGAUUCAUUGGUCUAGUCAAAUUCUUGUUUAUUUUAAAGAAAACAAAAACAACAUUAUUUAAUGUCCAAUUACCAAUUUUGCCAGAAACUGGAAUUAUAAAACAAGAAAACCUCCAAAAUAUGGUGUGAUUUAAACUACUUUAUUAUUAUAAUGAGUUCACAAAAUCUACUAUGUUCUUCUAUGUUCACCUUGAUAUGUUAUACACACAUUAAUUUGGAAAAAAUAACAUAUUUGGUUGUAAAUUUCGAUUUUGAUUAGUUGCUUUAUAAAUUCAUUGCAUAUACGUCAUUUUGUAAGCACAAAUCAUACAACUGGUAAUCUUGCAUAAAGACUAACAGAAUUACAAAUCAUACAACUCGCAUAAAGAAUAUUGUAAUAUAUAUGUAGUGGCAUCUGCCAGUUUGAUUAUUAUUUUCACACAUCUGUAUUCUAUUUCCUAGAAAAUUGUUUUGUUAAUUAGUUUGUCACAUUAAAUUUCCGGAUGUAAUUUGCAUUUUGUCAUUUCUAUCCCUUUGAGAGUUUACUCUUUCAUGUUGGUAAACCAAUGAAGAAUAAUGAAGA